AUGUCUGCCAGUAUGAGGUCCGCUCGCCUUGUGCGCACCAACCCCGUGCUGAGGCCCAACUCCAUCGCCCGACAGCGCUAUGUCGGAGCUCUAGGAGCGGCCGCAGCUGGCCUCCGCUAUAACAGCCGAAACUUCCCCUCUCAAGUAACAGCCCUUGCCAUUCUCGUUCCGAAGCGCGGGUACUCCACAGAACAAUCAACAAACACAUCCGGGCCGUCGAACCUGCCGCCCCCUGGUUUCAACGCGGAGCAGGCCAAGAAGCCCAUCCCCGUCGACCAGGCGCAGUCCGCCAGUGCGAAGGCGAACCAAGAGACAAACCCCAAGGGAGCGCUCUCCGUCCAGUCGCAGAAUGUUCAGAGUACAAGCAAGCAGAGCGAUCUGGUAAAGAGCGCUGCGGAGGAGAAGGACAAGAAGGGUGGCGAGGAGCCGAAGAAGGAGGCGAAGAAGUUGACGAUCGGGCAGAAGAUCAAGAAGGAGGUUCAGCAUUACUGGGAUGGCACAAAGCUCCUUGCGACCGAGGUUCGCAUUAGCUCCCGGCUGGCACUGAAAAUGGCCGGUGGUUAUGAGCUUAGCCGGAGGGAGCACAGACAGCUUAAACGAACUGUGACGGACCUUGGCCGGUUGAUUCCGUUCUCCAUGUUUGUCAUCAUCCCAUUCGCGGAACUUCUGCUGCCCAUCGCUCUCAAGCUGUUCCCCAACCUCCUACCCAGCACAUACGAGGGCAAGUCCGCCCGGGAGAAGAAGGCUCUGAGCCUGAGCUCUACCCGAAAGGAGGUCUCUACCUUUUUGAAGAACACUCUGAAGGAGUCUGGUCUUCCUGUGACGGCGGCGAGUGUAAAGAACGAGGAGUUUGCCGAGUUUUUCAAGAAGAUCAGGACCACCGGCGAGACGCCCUCGGCUGAAGAUGUCAUCAAGGUGUGCAAGAUCUUCAAGGAUGAUCUUACUCUCGACAACUUGUCCCGACCCCAGCUGGUUGGUAUCUGCAAGUACAUGAACCUCAACACAUUCGGCACCGACGCCAUGCUCCGGUACAACAUCCGUCACCGCAUGCGCCAGAUCAAGCGCGACGACCGUGCCAUCUUUUACGAAGGUGUUGAGUCUCUUUCCGUGCCUGAGUUGCAGAUGGCCUGUGCCUCCCGAGGUAUCCGCACCCACGGUGUCUCGCCCGCCCGCCUGCGCGAGGAUAUUGGUCAGUGGCUUGAUCUCCGACUGAAGCAGGGCGUUCCCUCGACACUGCUAGUCCUCAGCAACGCCUAUGUUUACGCACAGGGCGGUAAGGAGGCGGAGAUGUCUUCUCAGAUCGAGUCCCUCCAGGCGGUUCUGUCCAGUAUUCCUGAGGAACUCUUCCACGAGAUCGAGCUCGAGGUUCACAACGCCGAGGGCGCUGCUACCAACAAGCAGCGUCUAGAGGUCAUCAAGGAGCAGCAAGAGCUCAUCGACGAGGAGAACCAGCAGAACAGCGAGAACGAGGAGAAGGGUGUGGCCGCACCCAAGGACACCGAGGACAUUGACGAGGAGAACAAGUACGAGACCAGUCAGUCUGGCGAGGCGUCCGAGGCUAUGGAGGAGGGCGAGAAGGCCGAAAAGGCUUCCGAGCCGGCAGUGCAGAACGAGAAGAAGGAAAACAAAUAG